UUAUGUUUUGACCGCUGACAGGCGAAGCGUCGAAAAUUGGCAACAUCAUCGUUUUCCAAAUUGGGAGUGUUUUCCAGUCUUCUGACCAUAUUGCAAAAUUUCAGUUAUGAUCGACAAGAAGCAGUACAUUUUGCCCAACAGCCAACCCAUUGGUGAUCUCGAGUGCAAACAAGCGUUCCAGAAUCUUACGCCGGAAGAGAAAUUCUACGCUCACUUCUUCAGUCGUGCCUCGUGGAAUGGGGGUCUGAUCGCUCUGAUUCAGACCAGUCCGGAGGCCCCACUGAUUUUCUCACUGCUGCACAGGAUUUUCCUCGCGGAAUCCGUUGAGAGUCUCAAGGAAGCUGCAUUGAAGACCGGUUCGGUCACUGAGGAGCACUUCACGGCAUUCAUUGUCUAUUGCUGCGGCUUCUUUGGCAAUGGAGGCAACUACAAGAGCAUGGGAGACACCAAAUUCUUGCCCAAUGUCGAUGAGAAGAUCGUGGAGGCAAUCGUUCGGUCUUCCAAGGCGUAUCAGGAGGACGAGAAGACGAUCGAUGGUCUGUGGCAGAAGAGCAAGAAAGGAAUCUUCCUACUCACGGAGCGCACAAAGAACCUUGGCUUCAAGGGUCAGGGAAUCACCACGUACUUCUCGGCCAACUGCACCAAGGAGGAUGCGGAUUUUGUCAACGAGUGGCUGAAGGUGAAGAGAAUCGAGGCCUACAUCUGCAGAACCUUCAAGAUCGUCAAUGAGAGUGGAACUUUGUAUGAUAUAAAGUUGGCCAGCAUCGAGACUGGAGACAAGGAGGGCCUGACUCUUGCCGAGGAGGAGUUCAAAGGAUGCAAAUUUCGAGUGACACGUGGGGAUUACAGGCAGCUGCUGAAGCUAGUGACUGCGAACCUCAAGGAGGCGCAGAAGUACGCUGCGAAUGCCAAUCAGCAGAAGAUGAUCGAGCACUACGUGCGGAGCUUUGAACAGGGCAGUCUUGAGGAUCACAAGGAUGGAUCGAGAUUCUGGAUUCGCGACAAGGGACCAGUGAUCGAGACGUACAUUGGCUUCAUCGAGACAUAUCGCGAUCCCGCUGGCCAGAGGGGAGAAUUCGAGGGAUUUGUGGCGAUGGUGAACAAAGAGAUGUCCGCCAAAUUUGGUGCCUUAGUCUCAAAUGCUGAGAGCUUCCUCAACUACUUGCCUUGGGGUGAACAUUUCGAGAAGGACAACUACCUGAAGCCCGAUUUCACAUCUCUGGACAUUCUCACGUAUGCCGGGAGUGGCGUUCCCGUUGGAAUUAAUAUUCCCAACUACGACGAGAUCCGCCAGAAUGAGGGCUUCAAGAACGUGUCGCUGGGAAAUGUGCUGGCCAACACCAACAAGACCGAUGCGAUUCCCUUUCUCUCCGAGGAGGAUCAGGUCUUGAUGAAGAAGUACAAGUCGGCGGCCUUUGAAGUGCAAGUGGGUUUGCACGAGCUUCUGGGUCAUGGCAGUGGAAAACUCUUCCGCGUGAAUGAGCAGGGCCACCUGAACUUCACCAAGUUGGCCGUGAAGAACCCACUGACGGGGGGCCCCAUUGAGUCUUGGUACAUGCCUGGGGAGACGUACGAUUCCAAGUUCACCACAAUGGGAUCGUCGUAUGAGGAGUGCCGGGCUGAGGCGGUGGGACUCUACUUGAGUCUCAACAAGGAUGUUCUCAGGAUUUUCGGACACGAGGGCGAGGAGGCCGAGGACAUCAUCUACGUGAAUUGGCUGCUGCUGAUCUGGGGCGGAGUUGGACUGGCCAUGGAACUGUAUAAUCCCACCAGUAAGCAGUGGCUGCAGGCGCACUACCAGGCCAGGUUCGUGAUCAUGAAGGUGCUUCUCGAGGCAGGCAAUGGACUGAUCACGGUCGAGGAGACUGAGGCGGGAAAGAACCUCCUUCUGAAGGUGGACAGGACUAAGAUCCCGACUGUCGGAAAGGAGGCCCUUCGCAUCUUCCUGACCAAGUUGCAGGUCUUCAAGUCCACGGGAGACAUAGACAACGCGCGCAAGAUGUACGAUCACUACUCAGAGGUGAGCGAAGGUGGAACCUAUCCCUGGGCCAAGUGGCGCGACAUUGUUCUGCUGCACAAGAAGCCACGCAUGAUCUAUCUGCAGUCCAACACUGUGCUGGCUGAGGAUGGAAGUGUGCAACUGAAGACGUACGAUGCCAGCUUCGAGGGCUACAUUCAGUCCUGGGUGGACAGAUUCAACACCACCGAAAUCGAUGGUAUUCUCGAGGAUCUGGCGGCGGAGAAUAGCCAAUACUUCGCUGAGUUGCUGUAG